CAGAAGAUGACUCUGGAGUCUGGAUAUCAGGUGCAAUGAAUACGUAAGGGUCCCUGCUUGUGAUUCUCAAUGGAGAGUGAAAGCACAGAUUCAUAAUGAAAACCAGCCCCCGUCGGCCACUGAUUCUCAAAAGACGGAGGCUGCCCCUUCCUGUUCAAAAUGCCGCAGGUGAAACAUCCAAAGAGGAGCCGAAGAGACCCCCUGCCCAACAAGAGUCUGGUCAAGGGCAGGCCUCUAAGGAGGUGGCAGAGCUCAACUCUUGCAGGUUUCCAGCUGGGAUCAAGAUUAUUAACCACCCCACCAUGCCCAACACCCAAGUGGUGGCCGUCCCCAACAAUGCCAAUAUCCAGAACAUCAUCACAGCAUUGACCGCCAAAGGAAAAGAGAGUGGCAGCAAUGGGCCCAACAAAUUCAUUCUCAUCAGCUGUGGGGGAGCCCCCACUCACCCUCCAGGACCCCAGCCUCAAGCCCAAACCAGCAGUGAUUCCAAGAGGACAGAAGUCAUCACCGAGACCCUGGGACCAAAGCCUGCAGCUAAGGAUGUGAAUCUUCGAGGACAACCUGGAGCCCUUCCCGGGCAGAGAUGGGAGAGCUGUGCUGGCAGUGAGGCAGCAGGAUGCACUCUUGACAACAGCUUGACCAACAUCCAGUGGCUUGGAAAGAUGAGUUCUGAUGGACUAGGCUCCUGCACCAUCAAGCAAGAGAAGGAGGGCAAGGAGAAUCGUCAUCUGGAGCAGAGUCAGGUUAAGGGAAAUAUUCUUGCGGGCAGAUUCCUCUGGCUUCAUUCCAUCAGCACUGAAUUUAGUACCCCACCCUCAGUAGAGGAGCACCCAGGAACAUCAACAUCCUGUCAGGACUCUGUGUCCGAGCGGCCCCCAUACUCUUACAUGGCCAUGAUACAGUUCGCCAUCAACAGCACUGAGAGGAAGCGCAUGACCUUGAAAGACAUCUACACUUGGAUCGAGGACCACUUCCCUUAUUUUAAGCACAUGGCCAAGCCAGGCUGGAAGAAUUCCAUUCGCCACAACCUUUCCCUGCAUGACAUGUUUGUUCGAGAGACGUCUGCCAACGGCAAGGUCUCCUUUUGGACCAUUCAUCCCAGUGCCAAUCGCUACUUGACUUUGGACCAGGUGUUCAAGCCACUGGACCCAGGGUCUCCACAAUCGCCCGAGCACUUGGAAUCACAGCAGAAACGACCCAAUCCGGAGGUCCGCCGGAACGUGACCAUCAGAGCCGAACUCCCACUGGGCGCACGGCGGAAGAUGAAGCCACUGCUCCCCCGGGUCAGCUCGUACCUGGUGCCCAUCCAGUUCCCGGUGAACCAGCCCCUGGUGUUGCAGCCCUCGGUAAAGGUGCCAUUGCCCCUGGCAGCUUCCCUCAUGAGCUCAGAGCUUGCCCGCCAUAGCAAGCAAGUCCGUAUCGCCCCUAAGAUGCUGCUGGCUGAUGAGGGGGUAGCCCCUCUGCCCACUGCAGGACCAGUGAAAGAGGAGAAACCCCUGCUUGGAGAAGGGCUGUGCCCUCUGCUUUCAGUUCAGUCCAUCAAGGAGGAAGAAGUCCAGCCUGGGGAGGCAAUGCCCCACUUAGGGCGGCCCAUCAAGGUAGAGAGCCCGCCCCUGGAAGAGUGGCCCUCGCCAUGCCCAUCUGUCAAAGAGGAGCUGUCUCAGUCCUGGGAGGACUUGUCCUACUCUCCCACUCCAAGGCCCAAGAAGUCCCACAGUGGGCUCAAGUCCCCAGCCCGGUGCGUCUCAGAAAUGCUCGUGAUUAAACGAAGGGAGAGGAGGGAGAUGAGCCGGUCUCGAAGGAAACAGCACCUGCUGCCUCCCUGUGUGGAUGAACCCGAGCUGGUCUUCUCAGAGGACCCUGGGACUUCGCGACGAGCCCCAGAGCUCGCUCUCCCCUCAGAGUCCUCUGCGCCUGCCUCCCAGCUUGUCUACUCCCAGGGGGAGGGAGGACCUUUCAAGACACCCAUUAAGGAGAUGCUGCCCAUCUCCUCUACCCCAAGCAAAUCUGUCCCCCCCUUGACCCCUGAAUCCUGGAGGCUCACACCCCCAGCCAAAAUUGGGGGGCUAAAUUUCAGCCCAGUACGAACCCCCCAGGGACCCUUUGGCCCCUUGCCUGACUCUCUGGGGCUGACAGAUCUCAGUACCACCCCACUGAAAAAUAUCCCCCUCUUUGACUCACCCCGAGAGCUCCUCAAUUCCGAGCCCUUUGACCUCACCUCUGACCCCUUCAGCAGCUGUUCCCCUUCAGAUAUGGAAGUCCCCAAGCCAGGCUCCCCGGAGCCACAGGUUGCCAGCCUUGCAGCCAACCGUUCCCUGACUGAAGGCCUGGUUCUGGACACAAUGAAUGACAGCCUCAGCAAGAUCCUGCUGGACAUCAGCUUUCCUGGCCUAGAGGAGGACCUGCUGGGCCCUGACAACAUCAACUGGGCUCAGUUCAUCCCUGAGCUGCGGUAGAGACCUGACCUUACCCUUGCUGCUCAAGCUAUCACUCUCCUGGGCACUCAUGGAGCUGGGCCGUCCAAGGCCUCUGAGGAAGGACAGCAGGCAGGGACUGUUCACUCCUUGAGCCCCACCUUGCCUGGUCAUGCCCAGGCAGACGUCACGCCAAAGCUGCCGCUGGGCCCUCUGCAAGCAGCAAGGCCCUGGUGACUGGUCUCUGCUACCCUGUGCUCCCCGAGAGGACCUGAGUCCUAACUCUCCCUGUUAUAGCUAAGAGCAAAGACAAGGGUGAAACAAAUUAGGAAUUCCUCAAACUUUGAGUUCUAUGCCCAGCAGUCUCUUACGUUCCCUUCUUUUUGCAGGGGGCCCCUUGUAAAUAGUGUAUAUUCUCCAAAAGUAUCCUCUAAUUAUAAAUGUAAGCUUAUUUCUUUAGAUCAUUAUCUAGAGACUGCCAGAAGGUGGGUAGGAUGACAGCGGUUUCAGUUGGCUUCUGUUCCUUGCUUUUAGUUCCUAGAGAAGGGGGCACCUGCAGUACACGGUUUCUUCCAGGCCCAAGGUACCUGCCUCAAGGGUCCUUUACUGUAGGCCCCCAGACAAGCGGAUCUGCUUGCCAGGGUCCCUCACUGCCCCUCCCUCCCACCUCCUCCUGUUUCCAAGUCAGCUUUCCCACAAGAAGUCCUGGUUAAGAGGCCUCUUGUGAUGGGUGGAGUUGAAUUGGGGGUGGGGGAUGGAUCCAUCUAAAGCAAAGAGUGGGUGCCCAGAUAUGCACCCAUGAGAUGUUUCUCUGAUAAUGUCCCUAAUCAUGCCAGAGAAACUAGCAUCGAUGAGAACUUGGCCCAAGGCUUGAGAAGGCGGAAAGGGCCCUUAACCACCUGGCUUCCUUAGCUUGUACCGCAGCUUUGCAAAGAGCCACCCUGGGCCCCAGCUGACCACAUGCAUGUGAGCCAGCUCCAGAACACUACUGUAACCACUACUCAAUAAAAUCCA